AUGCUGACCCUCGUCCGGGCAGAGGAGAGCCAUGUGGCUGGCCUGCAACAACUGCUGGACGCUCAGCCUGAAGGCAACAAGGCGCUGUUCGAUGUGACUUCGGCUGGUGCUCUGGUGGAGAACACGACACUGACGGUUGUGGCUCAGUUGGAGUCGGGCGAACUGGUGGCCUUUGCUGCCUUUGCCAGUGCUCCGCUCUUCACCCAUCUCGAAUCCGUCAUCAAUCCCCUUGUUUGGCCAGAGUGGCUGGCUCAAAACUUUGAUACCGCUCCGCUCGUCGCCGCCACUUCCACCUCGUCUGCCUCGUCUACUUCGUCUGCUUCCCCCCCUGCGCCUACCUCGCCUACCUCGCCGGCAUCUCCCAUCUCUUCCAUCGCCACACCCGCGGCUUCUGGCGCUGAUCUCUCGCCGCUGACCACCGAGUCGUCCGGGUGGACACAUAGCGAGCUCACGCCGUGCAACUCGGCGUGGCUGGCGUGCUACGCCCGUGCACCGGCGCUGUCGGCCGAGGCCGGUGCCGCCGCGCUGCAGGCGGUGCUCGAGUCGGGAUUCGCUACCAUGGUUCAGGUCGAUGCCGUGCUGCUGCCUGUGCCGUCGGCUAUCAAUCCCGCAGCCUCGCUGAAUGCAAUGCCGGAGCUGGCUGCCGCCUUUGCCAGCACCCUCCAGCCGACUACCCCGGUUGGCGAGCAGGUUCCGUUGACAUACGUUGAGCGGGCCGGGUACGUGCCCAAGCUGACGAUGCGGCCGGCUGCGGUGGAGGACAACGACGACCUCGCCCCGAUUUUUGACGCCCAGUCGGAGCUGCUCUCCUCGCGCUACGGUGAGUUCUUCCUCUCGGAUCUCAUCGAGAACCAAGACGCUGCCAACCGGGUCAUUGUUUCCGAGGUCGACGGCUACGCUGUUGGUCUCAUGGCGCUCGUCGCCGACAUCGACGUCACUCUCCUGCAAGAGUGCUUUGAGCUCGAGCCGUACUCGGAGCUCCUGAGGCCCGAAGCCGGCUUCCCGCUUCAUCCCGAACAAGUGGCCGCCGCUGCUGCCGCCGCUGCUGGCGGCGACGCGCUCCCGACCGAGGCCUCGGUCGCUGACAGCUUCUCCCACAUUGCUGUGCCCAUCGACGAGGACGUCGACUUUCAGAAGCUCGGCAUCGCGGUCGACGAGACCGCCGCCGACGACCGAGCAGACGACAGCGGCGACCACUCCCGCCCGUCGACCGCCAACUCUACCUCGAGCUCAGCCUCGUCGGCCGGGUACUCAUCGGUCCAGUCGCGGAGCGGGAGCGCGAGCUCCAUGGUCAGCGACGCCGGCGGCGCCGUCGUCCUCAACGCCUUUGCCAUCUCGCUCUUCUGUCUCGACAGCCGGUACGAGUCGCGGUCGGUUGACUUUCUUCCGCUUGCCUUUGAGCUCUUCCCGGAUCGCGAGUACUGCAUCCUCACGCUCCCGCACGAGGUCGCCGAGUUCCCGCUCCUCCGCGCCUUUGGCACGGUCAAGCCCAAGUCCAUCUCGACCUUUCCUCACAUGUUGUACAUCCUCCACCGCGACGCGCUCUCUCCCAAGCUCGGCGUCCGCCGCGCUGCACCCAGCGACGCAGUCCAGAUCGCGCGCCUGCUCGACGGCCUCCAGCGCGAGGCCGAGAUCCAGUCGCUCUACGACGACGUCAUGCGGCUGGAGGCCCAGGAACGGCUACAGGCCUCGGUCUUCUCAUCGAUCACGUCACGAGUGUACGUGGCCGAGGCCUCGGCCCAAGUCGUCGGCCUCUUUGUCCUCUCCUCCGAGCUGGACAUCGACUCGCUGUCGGCGGCGUACGAGGUGGACUCGGUGCUCGCGCUCAACGAGCGGGCGACCCGCGCCCACAGUCACCUUGCCGAGGCCGUCGUCAACCCGAUGUUCGACCAGCACGGCUCGCUCCUCCUCAACGAGCUUGCUCGCGUCGCCGGCACCUCGGCUCUCUACUACAAGGUCUUUGGCUUUUCACCCAUUCCGCCGCUGCUGCAGGUCAUGAUCCAGGUCCGUCCGCGCCGACUCAUCCACUUCCCGCCAGGCGCCGAGGCCAACGCGCUCAAGUACAAGCCGCGGAAGGAGCAGGGCGGGAGCUCGCUCGUCGACGACGCCGACGACGACUCUCACAACGAUGUCCGACUGCCGCACCCAUUUGUCGAGGUCAACGGCGAGCCGGCCGGCAUCGUCGACGCCAACACUGCGUUUGGCCUGUGGACCUUUGCGCCCAAGCUCCGUUGGGAGCCCAAGGUUGUGGCCAACGCACGGGUCGUCGUCGUCGGCGCCUCCGACACCGGCCUCUCGGUCCUCGAGAGCCUCGUCCUCCUCCCGUACAUCCACUUUAGCAACAUCACGUUGGUCUCACCGGGUGGCCUCCCGACGAGGGCGAGUGCCGUCGAGCGCUGCUUCAUUCCGAACAACCUCAACUACACGGCGCGGGUCCUCUCGCAGUUGGCCAUCGGUGCCUCGGUCAACGUCCUUCACACCAAGGUCAUGAUGAUCGACCGUGAGCUGCGGGCGGUCAUGCUCUCUGACGGCUCGGUCCUCCCGUACGAAAAGCUCGCCCUCACCACCGGACAACAGUACGCGGCGCCGAUGCUGGUCCAGGACGACGUCGGCGACGUGGGCGUGACCGGCGAGAUCCUCGAGGGCGUGUUUACCCUCAACGGCGAGACCGACGUCGCAGGCAUCGUCGCCUACGCCGAGUCGCACGUCGUCGCCACCGGCGAGCGAGUUGUGGUCUACGGCGCAUCGCUCGAUGCUCACGCCGCCGUCUUUGGCCUCCUUGCCGCAGGCGUCUCGCCGGAGCUCAUCACGUUCCUCGUCCCGCCGGAGAGCGGACCCGAGGCCACCCGCACCUCGUGCUUCAACGAGUUUGUGGUUGACGACGCGGUGGCGUCGGGCGUCGCCGCACUCGGCGUCAAGCUUGUCCGUGACCUGGUUGUCAUCAACUACGAGCACCGGGCCGGAACCCUCCUCGCUGUCAUCCUCGCCGAAGAAGAGGAGGCGAAUGCAGCUGCGCUGGCCAGCAAGAGUGGGACCUGGUCCGGCUCGCGGAGUGGUACUGGGUUGGGCGAGGCAGGCGCCGACGAGGCCGACCACAUUCGGCUUCCGUGCUCGAUGCUGGUGGUGGCUUGCGGGGCGCAGGUCGACGUCGACAUGUUCCACGCCAUUAACGGCUGCUGCCUCGUCUACGACGGCGGGCUAGUGGUCGACGGCGAGUUCAAGACCAUCGACCCUGCCAUUCUCGGCGCUGGCCCGCUCACCAAGUUCUCCAACCGGUACUACACCAGCCUCAAGAUGGCCGAGUACAACUCGCUGGAGAUUGGCCACCACCUCGCGGCAGCCGUCAAGGAAGACCUCGAUCCGCUGGACCCGGGCCCGCUUGUUGAGCUAGCUCCGCUCGAGCUGCCGCGAUUCGAGCAGCCGAUGGCGGUCGGCAUGCCGCUCAUCUCGCACCCGUCAACUCCCACGUACUACUUUCACUUUGCCAACCCAGGCCGGCGGAUCCCGUACGCCACCGCGUCGCGGCACGAGGACUACGGCCGCGAGAUUUCGACCCGGAGCGAGGACAACGGGUACCUCGCGCUCCAAAUCGACGCCCACGGCCUCAUCGCCUCGCUCACCUACGUCGGAAGCAAACCGGUCGAGGCCUGCAACUUGCUGCAGCUCCACGGCUUGCCAGCGUCGUACCUGCAGCUGGAAAGCAGCGAGGCCAAGCGCGACCUGCUCGCCCACCUCCGGUCGACGUGGAUGACAGCGGUGUACCACGACCGGUUCGCUUCUCUCCGCGGCUCGCUCAUGGACGCGCUGAUGAGCGACCCCAGCCUGCUCGCUGCUGUCGAGGACAAGCUGGAGACCUGGACCGCGCGGGCGGGUGUCAUCGGCGAUGCCGAGCGCGCUGCCUUGCAAGAUGCGCUCUCCUCGGAGCCAAGCGUCGAGCAGAUGGUCCUCAACGAGCUCUUCACCUGGCUGCAAACCAACUCGGGCGGCGUGCUCGACAUGUACCACGUGCCCAAGGCGUUCUGCGAGCCGUAGCGGCUGGCUGGCAAUGAAAGACACUCCUCUCAA